CUGAUUUGGCCCAUUGUGCUUUUUGUUCUUUGCAUUAGAUCAGAGGAAGAGUUCGACGUGUAUGUGGAGAAGGUCAAGUUUCUAUUUAAUAUACCUGAAGAGGAAAUCCAAAUCGAGAGGAAGAGUGUGUCGGGUGGCAACUAUGGGGAUGUGUCAUUUGGUACGUACCGACGAAUAAAUGUGGUGAAAAAGGAUUUUCGACGUAUGGCUACGAAGACGGAAUGGAAGUACAACUACCGUGAAGCCUGCACACUUGCUGCCUGCAAUCACCAAAAUAUUGUCAAGUUCAUUGGUGCCGGUCCUGAUACGGGGAAAGCCUAUGUUCGUUAUGUUGUCAUUGAGCGGGCAACUAAUGCUUCCCUAGCAGAGCUCAUUCGUUCGGAUGUCCAGUACUCCAUUUGGCAUGUGAUGCUUUGGAACCUGCAUCUGGCGGAUGGACUAGAGUAUCUUCACUCUCGUCCUGAGCCGAUCAUCCACCGAGACCUAAAGCCAGCCAAUAUGCUUCUCUUCGACGACUGCACAAUUCUCAAGAUAAGCGACUUUGGCAGCUCCAAGAUAUUUGAGUUGGGCAAGGAGGAGCUGCAAUCGGUCAAUCAGGGCUCCCUCCUCUAUAUGGCACCGGAAGUGCAUCAGCGUCGUUUUGAUGAAAAUUAUACCCGUUAUACGGAGAAGGUGGACAUAUACAGUAUGGCGGUUUCAACCUGGGAGAUGCUGACACGAAAGCUUGAUCAAAAUGUAAAUCCUCACUCCACGAAGAUCCGUUCAUGUCCGUCCUUUCUAAGGCGUCUAAUCGCUUGUGGGAUGGCAGAGGAUCCAGAUCAACGACCAUCAGCCCCACAAUUGGUUCAAUUGCUAGAUUUCAUCAUGCGCAAAGUCUGCACCAAGAACACCCUCGAGUUAAGCAUUGACUUUGAGGGUGGUGGAAUUCCUGAUCUCUAUCAGCAGGCCCACACAUAUUCCAUCAACUCAAAUACCGACUCUGUGCCAGGAGGCAUUCAUUGGAGGAAAUCGCCCGGCGAUGGUCAGGAGUCUCCACGUUAUGCCACCCUCGAAACGCCAGAAUGCCCAACUGAUCGUUCACAAGCCGCGAUUGAAAUGUACCAGAGGCACGUUGAGCUAGCGAAGGAGUAUGUCAGGCUGAGCAAGGAGUUGAAGCGCUUAAAAAAGCUGUGGGAGGAGAAGGUAGCGCAAAUUAUAACAACGAAGAAAAUUCAAUCCUGGCAAGUUGACAGUUACAAGAAACGCAUCAAGGAGUACUGCGAACUUUAUGUCAUUAUGAUGCGCAACUUGCUCAAGCCACUCUGGUACCGUUGCAACUGUUACGAUGACUUGCGAGCUUUGCACAAGAACCGUGCCUACCUCGGCAAAGUGCUCAUUAGUAGGAAUGCCUCGCAGUGUAUUGGCGUUCAGAAAGAAAGCAAUGACCGCCACGUGAUCUCUCUUGCAGUAUUCGUCAAGGGCCAACUUGACUAG